AUGGCAGAAGAGAACAUCAUUACUCUUACCUAUGUCGACCGCAUCGCGGUGAUCACUUUAAACCGUCCUGAGAAGCUGAAUGCCCUAAACCAAGAUCUCUACUAUCUCCUGGGCGAGCGCUUGCGGGAAGUUGAAACACGCGACGACAUCACCAUCACCGUCAUAACCGGCAAAGGACGCUUUUUCUCAGCUGGCGCAGACGUACGAAGCUCCCGACCAGAUGGAGACCUAGGAAACAAAGUCCGCCGCGAGCUCACCCGCGGCUUCGUCACCAACAAUGUCGACAUCACCCGCACCUUCUACAACCACCCCAAGAUCCUCGUCGUGGCGCUGAACGGCCCAGCAGUCGGCCUGUCCGCCGCACUCGUCGCCCACGCCGACUUCAUCUACGCCGCCCCGCACACUUUCCUCCUCACCCCAUUCGCUUCUCUCGGCUUAGUCGCGGAGGGUGGUGCAUCGCGCGCCUUUGUCGAGCGUCUCGGCAUCGCCAAGGCCAACGAAGCCCUUAUCAUGAGCAAGCGUAUCACCUGUGACGAACUCGUGGCGACCGGUUUCGUGAACAGGGUCAUCCAGGCCCCGUCUGGAAAGUCGGAUGAUUCGGACGGGUUCUUGAAGAAGGUUCUCGAGGAGGUUGAGGAUCGGAUGGGGGCGCACCUUAACCAGAGUAGUAUGAUUAAGAUUAAGGAGCUUAUUCGGAGACCCGAGAGGGAGCUGCUUGAUCGUCAGAAUGGUCUAGAGGCGUUUAUGGGGCUGGAGAGAUUCAUGAGUGGUGUUCCGCAGGAGGAGUUUAGAAAGCUUGCGUCUGGUGAGAAGAGGCAUAAGCUCUAG